UCUUCUAAAAUAAUUAAGCUUUGCUUCUUUCCAUCAUCAUCAAUCAAUUCAAUGGAAAAGAAGAAAACUGUAAUUACAGUUUUCUACUUUUUUUUUGACCAAUUGGUGGCAACAAAAAAUGUUGCCAACUCGAUUUCGUAGUCAGGGCGGAGAAUGUCAGUAGAAUUUAAAUUAGCUAAAUUUUGCUCUAGGCUUAUUACUUAUAGUAGUUGCACUUUAACAAGGUUUUUCAUUCAUUUGCUCUCAUUUUUAAUAGUUAAGAGCGUUUGAGAGCGUCUGGAGGGUCCGGAUCUGGAUCAAAUUUAUUUUUACAGAAAGAAACAAGUCCGUUUGUAACAACGCCGAAUGGCCAUCCUGGGUUUUUACCACAAAAAGUGGGAAAGAGUUCGUCGAAUGAUUCGCGUACUCCUAAGCCCCCCAAAGCGCCCGAAAAGCCUCUCAUGCCCUACAUGAGAUACAGUCGAAAGGUUUGGGAUACGGUUAAAGCACAAAAUCCCGAUUUGAAAUUAUGGGAAAUUGGACGAAUUAUCGGGCAAAUGUGGAGGGAUCUCCCCGAGGAAGAAAAAAACGAAUUUGUUGAGGAAUACGAAGCUGAAAAGUUGGAAUAUGAAAAAACGCUGAAAACUUAUCACAAUUCACCGGCUUAUCAGGCAUUUAUCGCUGCUAAAAAUCGAGGUAAAAGUGGCAAUGAUAGUGAUUCGCAUGAUCGCAGCAGUUCGUCAUCGAAACAACAAGCCGUCGAUCGAAGGAUUGAAAUUCAAGCAGCGGAGGACGAAGAUGAUCAGGACGAUGGCUAUUCGGUGAAACACGUUUCCUACGCCCGCUUUCUGCGCAAUCAUCGUCUCAUUAACGAAAUUUUUUCCGAUACUGUUGUACCGGAUGUCCGUUCAGUUGUUACAACAGGUCGUAUGCAAGUUCUCAAACGUCAAGUCCAAUCAUUGACAAUGCAUCAGAAAAAACUCGAAGCCGAAUUGCAACAAAUCGAAGAACGAUUUGAAGCAAAAAAACGCAAAUUUAUCGAAAGUAGUGAACAGUUUCAAGAGGAAUUGAAGAAACAUUGCAAGCCGGCUGUUGAUGAAGAAACCUUUCAGAAAAUGGUCGAACGACAAUACGAUUUAUUGAAGAAGGAGAGAAUGAAGAGUUUGGAAGAACAGAAACCGAAACCGGAAGAAAAUGGGGCUGCUACGCCCACUGAAAUUGCUAAUUCGGGGGCACAACCGGAACAACCGCCCCCAGCUCAAGAGGGACAGCCCCAAUCUGAGCCGUUAGUGCUUCACUGCAUUCAGCCAAUGGAACAAGACGAUAAACCAGCCCCUUCACCGCCGCCCCCAUCGAACGAAAACAAAGAAACCCCCGAGCAUAAACCGCCCCCGGAACAGCCUCCACUCGAGCAUCCACCCCCGCACAUGCCACCUCCCAUGCACCACCACGUGCCUCCAGCGCCCAACAUGAUGCCCCCUUAUCAGCAGUACCCCCAAAACAGUCCACAGACUGUUCCUCUGCCCCCAAGGCCCCCACAUCCGGCCUACGCCUACCCCCAACAACAGGGGUAUUACCCCCCUCAGUACCCCCCACAUACGUACUACCAUCAACCGUACCCACCACAGUACCAUAGACCCCAUUUGUACCCACCCCAUGGGCCGGUACCAGAUGGGCAAGCCAUGCCCCCCAAUCCGGAGGGGCACCCAGCCCCCAUUUAUGGAGGCCCUGCACCAGCAGAGGCUGAAAGGGUGCAACCGAGUGAAGAGGAGCAGACUAAACACGAGGGCAGCGCUGAAGGUGAAAAGGACAAGAAAGAAGGGGAAUAGGUGUUGGGGAUUUUUUGGUUACUUUUGCAAUAAAUUGAGUGGAUGCUA